AGCAUCAUUGCUGAGCACCGGCAGCAAUUGGAUGCAGUUCUGGACGAGAUCUCAGAUCUGGAGGCUGUGAUGGAUAGCGUCAAACAUCUCUAUCAGCAAGUCGUCAAAAAGAAGGAGAAAAUUAUGCAGUCGAUGAAUUUGCACAAGGGACUCCUAUCGGUUCUCUGGCGCCUGCCAACAGAAGUCCUAUCCCAAAUAUUUAACCACUGUCUCCCCGAAACUAAAUUGUGGCCCCCAUCAAACCUCAGAGCCCCCAUGCUGUUAACACGGAUAUGCCAACGAUGGAGGGAGGUUGCUGUGGGUACACCUGAUUUAUGGUGCAGGAUGUAUGUGCAAGCCGACAACAGAGGCUGGAAGCAGGCAGCUUUCUGCUAUGACUUGUGGCUCAAGUGUUCAUGA